UAUGUUGAUAGUUUGAUUUUUAAAUGUAACGUUAAAAUCAGUUAACAUGUAUUUUCUAUUUUACCUUUUUUAAUUUAUUUAAAUAGUAAAGAAUGGUUUAAAUAUUCUCUCUUCUGUUGAAUAAUAAUUUUUGAAUCGUUAUUGUUAAUAAUAUUAUUGUUAUACCCAGUGGUGCUUGUUGUGAAAAAAGAGAGAGAGAUAAUAAUAAAAUUGCAUAUAACCUCUAAAUAUUCUUAUUAAGAAAAGUAUGGAAACAAUGGAAACAAAUACAGGAUCAUUGAGAACUCCUGAAGAAUUAAGUGAAUUAUUUCAAUUGGCAAAAUUAAAUGAAUUGGAUUUAAGCAAUGUGACGCAAAUUUUAUAUUCAGAGAAAGCAAAUGACUUUUCAGAUAUUAAAUUAAUUGAAUUGGAUAAAGAAUUGUUGAAUGCAAUAGAAGUAGGUGAUAGUUUGUCAUUUCGGGGUGAAAAGGAUGAUUCAGUCGUUUUAUGUACAAAAAAUAAAACGUACGAUGUGAGGGACGCCGAAACAUCAAAUGCUGUAAUUCUUGUACCAAAUUUAAAAUUUCACUCGGAUUUAAAUAAUUCUUUGAAUGAAAAUAAAUCCAUAGUGCCGAGUGAAGUUCAUGGAAUAUUUCACUCCUAUCUCGAAGUGCGACAAUGUAAACCUAGAUUUAGUAAAAUUCCCGUAAUAUUAGGGCCAACUACUUUCAAUGGAACGGAAUAUGAAAAACGUGUUAAUCAAAGAGAAUUGUACGAUUGGAAUAAACUUCGAUCUCAUAUUCAAGCUAGUGAUGAAGAAUUGAUUAAUGCUCUCUCACAACAUUCAGUUGUAAAUAUAAAUGGACAUUAUCGAAUGGUGUCGUUUGAAUAUGAAACACGUGCCUUGACAAAUAUGUUAGAAUUUGUCGAUGAGAAUUCAAUGAAUGAAGAUGAAAUUGAUAGAGAAGCAACUUUAGAUGCCUUACGUGAAUUAAUUCCCGAAUCAGUAUUUCAUGCAAUUUUUGAAAAGUACACUGAGCCUAGUGGAAAAUUGAAAAAAACCGGUGAACUUUUAUACAGAUAUAUUGAGGAAAAAGUUUGUAGACUUCUAGCUCAAGUUUUGCUCACAGCGUCGCCAGUUACUGAAUAUUCUGGAUUUAUGGAGGCUUGGAGUAUCGGAACACCCGAUGGAAUGAAAUCAGAGGAAAAAUAUUUAUAUGGAAUAGCAAUUGUUAAAUGGAACCGUGAGAAAAAUAGAAAAGAAAUUAUUUCUUAUCCAGAAUCGAAUUUGCCUGAUAAUAUUGAAAAGAGAAUUGAGGAACUUUUUAAAGUCAAGGAAAAGUGGACAAUUGAUGAAAUAUCGCCUUACAUUAUAAAUUUAGCGACCGAGAAAUUGAAUGUGAACGCUCUUUUGACAAAAUACGCGAGAUUAUCAAACAAAAACGGUGUGAGAUUUUACAGUUCAAAACAUGGAAAAUAGGAGAAUAAAUUUUAAUUGACA